AUGCCUGGAGUGAUUGCACCGCCGAACGGUGCGGCGAAGAGAAAGAGGACCGAUGGAAGUACUAGCAGAGCGAACGGUACCAAACCUCGAAAGGCGCCCAAGACGAUAGUACACAGCGACAGCACUCAAGCAGACGUUUUACUGCUGGAGGAGCAGAUUCUGGAAUCGCGCGAGCACUACAACAACAUCGUCGAGCUCCAAUCGAUCCUGAGCAAUGUCGAGAAGAAACCCAAAUCAGCAACACUCGCUGCUGUUGCGCUUUGCCGAGUGCUCUGCCGAUUGAUCGCUCGAGAACAGCUCGUUAGGCGGAAGGAGGAUACGGAGGCAGAUGUCCAGGUGGUGCAGUGGUUGAAGCAGCGGCAGCGAGACUAUGUUGAGUCUUUGACAGGAUGGAUUGGUAGCCCAGAUGCAUCAAGGGAAAGCACAGCGCUUACCCUUCUGAUGAGGGUGGUGAAGGAAGAGACAUCGCAGGAAUCGAGGCGGUCAGAACAGGCCUGGCGGACGGAUCGAUCGACGUUCUAUAUGCUCGUCAAAGCGCUGCUGGAGGCUACCGAUGCAGAGGCUGCAAGAGUCGAAUUUGUGGAAAAGUAUGUGGAAGAGCACGACGAUGUGCGCUUCUUUACGAUGCUGGCUAUCAAGCAAUUUUUCGCCAUGGACGCCAACCGGACACAGACGAAUGCAGAUAAUGCUGUGGAUUUACUGUCCAAGAUUGAAGGAGUGCUCGAUUCUCAAGAACAGCUGGAGGAUUGGUAUGGACAGCCACCGCAGCCAGAAUCGCAUCAGCUGCUCUCCCUCUCCAACCACCGCAAGGUCGCGCAAGAAUGCUGGCUCUCCGUUUUCCGCUCGCCACUGACCGCCAGCAACCGCAAGACCAUUCUCAACAUCAUCACGCCUCAAAUUCUGCCGUGGUUCCCCAAUCGGAUGGAAGUGCUCGCGGACUUUCUCACAGACUCUUUCAACGAAGGCGGAUCGCUCUCUCUUCUAGCCCUCAGCGGAAUCUUCAAACUCAUGACCGAACGCAACCUCGACUACCCAGAAUUCUACACGAAACUCUACAGCCUCCUAGACGAAGAAGUCAUGUACAGCAGACACCGCAGCCGCUUCUUCCGCCUCCUCGACCAGUUCAUGAGCUCCAGCCACUUACCCGCCGCAAUGGUUGCGAGCUUCAUCAAGCGUCUUUCCCGUCUAAGCCUUCAAGCACCACCCGGCGCCAUCGUUUGGGUCGUCCCGUGGGUCUACAACAUGCUCAAACGCCACCCCUCCUGCACUUUCAUGCUCCACCGCCCUUACCAUCCCGCCCACGCCAUCUACAGCACCAACCCCGACUACAUGGAGUCCGGCAUGGACGACCCUUUCUCCAUGUCCGACCCCGACCCCAUGACUACAAACGCCAUCGACUCUUCGCUAUGGGAGCUCCACACGCUGCAGGACCACUGGCACCCGAACGUCGCAACGCUGGCGAAGAUUCUCGGCGAGCAGUUCACGAAGCGGGAUUAUGCGUUGGAGGAUUUCUUGGAUCACGGAUAUGCGACGUUGGUGGAGGCGGAGUUGGGGAAGGAGAUGAAGAGGCGGGUGGAAGUGGAAUGGGAGAUCCCAAAGAGGAUUGUUACGGCUGAGGGCGAGCGGGAGGGUUUGAACGCGCUGGGAGGUUUGCUCAAGAGUGCUAUGGAUGCGCAGGAGGUCUAG